AUGCCAUUCCCAAACUGCUCAGCCCCCAACACUGUGGUGGCCACAGCUGUGGGUGUCCUGCUGGGGCUGGAGUGCUGGCUGGGUCUGCUGGGCAACGCGGUGGCGCUGUGGACCUUCCUGUUCCGGGUCAGGGUGUGGAAGCCGUAUGCUGUCUAUCUGCUCAACCUGGCCCUGGCUGACCUGCUGUUGGCCUCGUGUCUGCCGUUCCUGGCUGUCUUCUACCUGAGCCUCCAGGCUUGGCAUCUGGGCCACAUGGGCUGCUGGGCCCUGCGCUUCCUGCUGGACCUCAGCCGCAGCGUGGGGGUGGCCUUCCUGGCCGCCGUGGCCUUGGACCGGUACCUCCGUGUGGUCCACCGUCAGCUUAAGGUCAACCUGCUGUCUCCUCGGGCGGCGCUGGGGGUCUCGGGCCUCGUCUGGCUCCUGAUGGUCGCCCUCACCUGCCCAGGCUUGCUCAUCUCUGAGGCCGCCCAGAACUCCACCAGGUGCCACAGUUUCUACCCCAGGGCAGACGGCUCCUUCAGCGUCAUCUGGCAGGAAGCACUCUCCUGCCUUCAGUUUGUCCUCCCCUUUGGCCUCAUCGUGUUCUGCAAUGCAGGCAUCAUCAGAGCUCUCCAGAAAAGACUCCGGGAGCCUGAGAAACAGCCCAAGCUUCGGCGGGCCCAGGCACUGGUCACCGUGGUGGUGGUGCUGUUUACUCUAUGCUUUCUGCCCUGCUUCCUGACCAGAGUCCUGAUGCACAUCUUCCAGAAUCUGGGGGGCUUCAGGGCCCUGUGUGCAGUGGCUCAUACCUCGGAAGUCACGGGCAGCCUCACCUACCUGCACAGUGUGCUCAACCCCGUGGUGUACUGCUUCUCCAGCCCCACCUUCAGGAGCUCCUAUCGGAGGGUCUUCCACACCCUCCGAGGCAAAGGGCAGGCAGCAGAGCCCCCAGGUUUCAACCCCAGAGACUCCUAUUCCUGA